AGAGAUGCGCUUCCUGCAAGACUCAGCAAUGGAUGUCAGUCGCUGCGUUAAGACUCCCAGAGAAUGGCUCGGAGUGCUUUGCACGCUGCUUUUACUCACCGAGUCGGUUCUGUGUUACGCUGCAGACUGGAAGAAGGAGCAGGAGUGUCAUAAUUACGCCGGUGGACACGUUUAUCCAGGAGAGGCUUUCCGCGUCCCCGUCUCUGAUCAUUCCCUUCACCUGAGCAAAGCCAAAAUCUCAAAGCCAGCUCCACACUGGGAAGGAACAGCUGUGAUCAACGGCGAGUUUAAGGAGCUGAAACUGUCAGAUUAUAAAGGAAAAUACCUGGUUUUCUUCUUCUACCCUCUGGAUUUCACGUUUGUGUGUCCUACCGAGAUCAUCGCCUUCAGUGAUCGCGUGCGCGAGUUUCAGGCCAUCGAUGCAGAAGUGGUCGCCUGCUCGGUGGACUCUCAGUUUACUCACCUGGCCUGGAUCAACACGCCCAGGAAACAAGGAGGUCUCGGACAAAUGAAGAUCCCUCUUCUUUCUGACCUCACUCAUCAGAUAUCCAAGGACUAUGGCGUCUUUCUUGAGGAUCAAGGGCACACGCUCCGAGGUCUCUUCAUCAUCGAUGGUAAAGGUGUCCUCAGACAGAUCACUAUGAACGAUCUGCCGGUGGGACGCUCUGUGGACGAGACCCUCCGACUGGUGCAGGCCUUCCAGUACACCGAUAAACACGGAGAAGUGUGUCCUGCUGGAUGGAAGCCUGGCAGUGAUACGGUAAGAGUUCUGUGUGUGUGUGUGUGUGUGUGUGUGUGUGUUACAGUAUCUCUCUUCUUUCCUCACAGAUUAUCCCAGACCCCGCUGGAAAACUCAAGUACUUUGAUAAACUCAACUGAGCUGAAUGUUUUCACUACACGUGUUUGUUCUGAAGCACAGAAUAAAAGGAGAGUUUUGAUAAACAUGUAGUCCUGUUUCUUCCCU